CAACUCAAUCAAACUAUCGAAUUGAGGAAACGAUUAUCGACUAGUCUAUCAACUAUUUCACUUGUUUCUUUUGUACUCCCACAAAUUAGUUUGAAGCUCCUACAAAUUAGUUUUCUAAUAAUGGUGCAGGUGUGGUUUAUGGACAGCGAUGACAGUGAUCAGCGACUGGAGCACAAGCGAGAACCAGCUUCCUAUCUAGAUUUGGAGACACUCUACAAAAAAACGGGCGUGGAGUACUUCAAGAUCAAUGCAGACAACUAUGAGAACGAUGAGGUGCUAAAAGAGCUGCGCAGCAAACGUGGCUACACAUACGAGGAUCAGAUCACCUGUUCCGAGCAAUGCCUGCCUGAUUAUCUAAACAAGCUAAAGGCAUUCUACACGGAACACCUACACACGGAUGAAGAAAUUCGAUUGGUUCUCGAUGGCUCCGGGUACUUUGAUGUGCGCGACAACGAAGACAACUGGUUGCGUAUAGAAGUGGUCAAGGGAGAUUUGAUUAUAAUACCUGCUGGCAUUUAUCAUCGGUUUACACUGGACAGCAAGAACUAUAUACAAGCGCGUCGAUAUUUUGUUGGCGAGCCAGUUUGGGUUCCAUACAAUCGGCCAGCUGAUAACAUGGACUGUCGCAAAGCAUAUUUAGAACAUAUGGUGCAAUCGAGAAAAGCUUAAUAUUUACCUAUAUAUUGAAAUAAGUUUUAAUUGCUUGAAAAGCAUUAAAGUAUAUAUUUGAUUAAUAAUUAUGUCGAUAUCGAUAUAGUAAACCAGUUCCAGGUUGAACGAACGAUCUACGAACUUGACGAAAACAUCUGUUUUAGCACAAUAUAGUUUAAUAAUUUGUUAAAAUGUUAAUGCUGCAUAACCAAGC